UCCAAGCAGUCACAUGACCCCAUGUUAAUAUAAAGUAAAUAUAUUACAGCCACUUAAAUGAGCAGAAAAGGCAACCUGAGCUCCACCAAUACAGUCUGAGGCCUCUGCAUCAUCCGUAUCCCUCCGCAGUGCUGCUGACCUAAGGCUGGUAUCCGUACGAGAGGCUUCGCCGAGACCGUACAGGACGACACUCACGUUUUUCAAAAGGUGAAUACGUGGCGCCGUGCUGCGAACGGCCCAUACAUCAACCUCCUGUUCACCUUCACUGUCAGAGGAAGCGCAGGAGGGAGACAAAUGGGAAGAGGAGUCUAAUGAAGCUCACACCUGGAUGAUACAUAACACACACUCACACCAGCUGCUUAUAUCAGCCAGGAGCGCAGAGCACAGGUCUGCACGCAUUAGACACACUCACGCUUUCCACAUCAGCGGAGCAGCUCUGAAUCAUCGGCCCUGAGGAGGAGGAAGGCAGACCGGCCAGCAUCUGCAGCAGCACCCGCUGGAGACAAAAGGCAUCACUCACGGAGAUAAGGCACGCCAGGGCCAGGGAUCCAUCACUUUCUUUAUUGAGAUACUGAUCACAAAGUCAAGCUGGCAGCGGACGACAUAAAAAGCUCAGUGGAGGAGGGAGACGCCCGUGUGGAGCAGGCCAACGGGGGGCCAGACGACCCAGCAGACGGGGACUCCCGCGGGCCAUGUGGCAAGAUGGUGCGGGUGGAGCUGGAGUGGGAGUUGCCCAUGUCGGUGACACUGCCCGUCCAGGUGGAGCCCGACCCGGCGCACCAACCCUUCCCCUUCCUGGACACAACACUGGCCGACCUGGGCAUCCAAGAGUCAGAGGUGAAGGAGAGGGUGGUGUGGGUCGACACCAAGAAGACGCAGGUUAAAAACAAAGCGGGGAAGCUGAAGGAGAAAGAGAUCACCAUCCUGGAGGUGAGAGUGAAAGCUCAGAAGCCUGGAGACAAACAGCUGCAGGAGGUCCUGUACAGCACCGAGGCCCACACCGACCGCUCCUUCUGCCGCACAGGGGUGGACAUCCUGCCCUGGAAACACACGUCUACAGGGGAGGACGGACUGACGCCGGUGCACAUGACGAUGGCCUUGGAGAACCAGCAGCCUGAUGUCACUGAGGCCCAGAGACAGCGCGAGAUCUGAGGAGCAACACGAGUCCACCGCAAAGCACAGAUAUGAACUCCAUUCUGAUUCCAAGAUGCAAGUUUGCAUUUAUUUAGAGGAUUCAUCAGUUUCUACAGUGAAUGGCUUGACAUUUUAAAUGCACACUGCAGCUUAGUAGAAAUGUGUUAAGUUUCUGGUUCAGUUGGGAAAAAAAAAUUAUAGAAACAAUAAUGAUAAUAAUCUCUUGCACUUUGUCAGUUGUGUUGUAAGGUACAGUG